AUGGCUUGGCACAGUUGCCUUUCUGUUAAAUAUGAUGAAGAACUUGGGAAUAAUUCUAAUGUGCUGGUUAGAGACUUGAUUGAUAAUGAAGCUUGGAAUCUGGACUCACUACAAGGAAUUCUACUCCAGGAUGACAUCAAUGAAAUAGAGAGUAAAGAUGUUACACUAUCAAAUGAAGCUGAUGACUGGAUUUGGCAGAAUGAUACUCUUGGAAAAUUCUCUCUCAAAUCAGCAUUUAAUCACCUGCAGAAAAGACAAGAAUCAUCCCAACAAUGCACUUAUAUAUGGGACAAAAGGCUUCAGCUGAAGAUUUCGAUCUUCAUGUGGCGAUUGCACAACAAGUUACUUCCUUUUGCUGAUGUUUUAAUGAAAACAGGACUGAAUAUUCCCUCUGUGUGUUCUUUAUGCAGGAAUCAUGUUGAAAGCAUUCGGCAUAACUUCUUUGAAUUUUCUUAUGCUAAACAUUGGAGACAUUUUGGAGCGAUUAUGGUCUUUGCAAACAAUGAAAUUUUGGAUUUUGAUGAUCUUUCAUCUACAUGGUGGACAAGAAGACAAUCUUCAAAGCUGACUUGGAAGCUACAGAUUCUCCUCCCCUCUCUCAUUUGUUGGCAGCUGUGGAAAUGUAGGACUAAAGCAAUUUUUGAGUCAACAAUAAUCUCUCCACACAUUGCAGUGAGGCUUAUUGUCCAAGAUCUACACAUUAUGGCAAAAGCGGUGCCUUUUAAAGCAUCCUCAGCCAAGGAUUCAAGCUUUGUAACUGCAGGACUCAUUCCUUUUGCAAAAGAAGCAAGAAAGAGUACCCCAUUAUUUUUGACUUGGACCCUUCCAACUAAUGGAAUAAAGAUCAACGUUGAUGGGUCCUCAAUUGGCAAUCCAGGUGAUGCAGGCUGUGGAGUAGUAAUCAGAGACAUGCAAGGAAAAGUUAUUCUAACUGAAGCAAAAUUUAUUGGCACUGCCUCUAAUUUUCAAGCUGAAGUUGAAUCUCUCGUGAGAGGUAUGCAACUUUGCCAAAGCCUUAGAUUUACUCAAAUUGAAGCAGAAACGGAUUCGAAAACUCUAGUCAACAUCUUAGCGAAUCCAACAAGUUGGCCAUGGCGAUCAAAGCAUUCUCUCAAAAAAAAUAUGGCUUUUGGCACAAAAUAUGCAAGUCACCGUUCGGCAUGUGUAUAG